AAAGAACUAAGACGACUUUCUGCUUUGGCUACUUGGAAGCUGCUUCUCCUUUACUCAAAAGUUGCACGACCAUGGUAACCUCCCCUCAGUGCUGGAUGUGCAUGUCAACAUCCCUGGGAGAAGCUCUGUGCCAGGAAAAAUGAAAGGCAGGAAGGCCAGAUGGUCCGUGAGGCCCUCGGACAUGUCCAACAAAACUUUCAAUCCCAUCCGGGCCAUUGUGGACAGCAUGAAGGUGAAGCCAAAUCCAAACAAGACCAUGAUUGCUCUGUCAAUUGGGGACCCUACUGUGUUUGGAAACCUGCCUACAGAUCCUGAAGUUACCCAAGCAAUAAAAGAUGCCCUUGACUCGGGGAAGUAUAACGGCUAUGCCCCCUCCACUGGCUACUUAUCGAGUCGGGAGGAGGUUGCUUCUUAUUACCACUGUCCCGAGGCACCCCUGGAGGCUAAGGAUGUCAUUCUAACAAGUGGCUGCAGUCAGGCUAUUGAACUUUGUUUAGCUGUGCUGGCCAACCCAGGGCAAAACAUCCUAGUUCCCAGACCUGGCUUCUCGCUCUACAGGACUCUGGCUGAAUCUAUGGGAAUCGAGGUCAAACCCUACAAUUUAUUGCCAGAGAAGUUUUGGGAAAUUGACCUGAAACAACUGGAAUCUCUGAUUGAUGAAAAGACAGCUUGUCUCGUUGUUAAUAAUCCAUCAAACCCUUGUGGGUCAGUGUUCAGUAGAAGUCAUCUCCAGAAAAUUUUGGCAGUGGCUGCAAGGCAGUGUGUCCCCAUCUUAGCUGAUGAGAUCUAUGGAGACAUGGUGUUUUCAGAUUCCAAAUUUGAACCUUUAGCCACCCUCAGUAGCAACGUCCCCAUCCUGUCCUGUGGAGGGCUGGCCAAGCGCUGGCUGGUUCCGGGCUGGAGGAUGGGCUGGAUCCUCAUCCAUGACCGAAGAGAUAUUUUUGGCAAUGAGAUCCGAGAUGGGCUGGUGAAGCUGAGUCAGCGGAUCCUGGGACCCUGCACCCUUGUCCAGGGAGCUCUGAAAAGCAUCCUGCAUCGCACCCCUCAAGAGUUCUACCACAACACUCUAAGCUUCCUCAAGUCCAAUGCGGAUCUCUGCUAUGGGGCAUUGGCUGCCAUCCCUGGACUCCGGCCCAUCCGCCCUUCUGGGGCCAUGUACCUCAUGGUUGGAAUUGAGAUGGAACAUUUCCCAGAAUUUGAGAAUGAUGUGGAAUUCACUGAGCAGUUAGUUGCUGAGCAAUCCGUCCACUGCCUCCCAGCAACAUGCUUCGAGUACCCAAAUUUCUUCCGAGUGGUAAUCACAAUCCCCGAAGUGAUGAUGCUGGAGGCCUGUAGCCGGAUCCAGGAGUUCUGUGACCAGCACUACCAUAGUGCUGAAGGGAGCCCGGAGGAAUGUGACAAGUAGGACGCAGUCCAUUCUCCUGAGUGUGUGUCCCAUCGGGCUGGGGAGAGCGAGACUGAGCCCUGCUGCUCCUCAGGUGCCCCUGCUGGGAGAGGGGCCUCACAAAUACCACGACAAGGGCUCAGAAUUGCUCCAGCUUUCCCCCAGCUGUAUCCACACACACACUCUGAACCCCAGAUUUCAUCGCACUCUGCUCUGCUGGAGUGACUCACUAAUUCAUUAAUCCACCCCUAUGACUUCCAUCAAUCCAUCCUCCCACAUGACUUCCUCCUUUUAGCUUGAGAGUACCAGGUGAACAAAGUUACCCAGGAAACAGUAGAGACAGGAAAAUUAAGAAUUCAGGAUUAGAGAAUCAAAAGAUUGAGGGAAGUUGUGCCCCCAACCAUUUCCUCUUACUCUAAGUAAGAACACAUUCUCUUCAGUCAGGUCUGAAGCCCAACUCUGUUACUGGCUCACUUCAGGUACACAUCACUGUAUGCAAUAAUGCUAUAAUGAAAGAAGUUGGGGACACAUGUAUUUGGUUAAUUCUAAACACAUUAGGAAAGCUUGCCAAUUUGAAGGAUCACUUACAGAAACUUUUCGUUGAUUUUUUUUUUUGUAGAGAAUUAUUUUGUGAUAUAAAGAAAUUUAAUUGAUAGAGUUUCUAAAUGUAGAUAUAUGUGUAUCAGGCUUUCUUAAAAUGACGGCACAUCUGUACUAAAAAAAGGAGGAAUCAGAGGACCUUACAGGAACGCUGCUGUGUAAGAGCCAGAAUUUUCUUCACUCGUCAUUGUUAUAGAAUCAUUACUUUUGCUGUAACGUUGAUAUUGAUUUAUUGAUAUGUAUGUUAUAUUAUCUUUUCAUAUGUUUUCUAAGAAACAUUUAUAUUGAAAAGAUCUUUUAUUUUGCCAAGGGCAUAAAUUAUUGUUUUCCUUUUUCUUUUUUUUUUUUAGUAAAUUUUACUAAGUAUUCUC